AUGACUCACGGCGACACCAGCGUCUUUGCGCGGGCGACGCGGCAGACGGAGGACCCGUUUCUGCGCGGCGGCACCGCCAGCCAGCGGUUCCUGCAUCGGUACCGCAAGUACCCGUUUCCCGUGCGAAUGACGGGGCUUUUCCUGGUCGGCUUUGUGCUCGGCGGCGUUAUUGAGACCUUCGCGUGCAAGACGCACAUGUACGAGAGUGUUAUGGCGAAGAAAGACAUGCGUCGGCACGACUUUGACGAGUUUGUCGACGACUUCCGGGAAAAUGUGGAGCGUUGGCAGCGGCAGGAUAUGCUGCAGCGACGGGGAUAG